AUUUUAUAUCAACUACUCCACUAACUGCAAUGUCCUAGUAGGAUUCUCUCUCUCCAUUUCUCUCUCUUACAUUCUUCUCAUAGUUUGCCAUCUUCUUCUCAAUACCCUUGUGUUGGUUAGGGUUCCACCUUUACUAUCUCUUAAUUAAUAUUCUCUUCAAAAUUUGUUGGGUAGGGUGAGUCUUAAUAGCCUCUCAAUCACUGAAAAAAGGUGAAAAAUAGGAGGAAACUGGAAAUAGGUUUUGUUUCUCUGUAACUAUUCUGUAUGAAAUAGGUUUUUUCUUCUCUUUCUCUGUGUAGUUUGAAGCAUUCUGCUUUUGUAAAUUGAUGCUGCACAGCUUGCUCCUUGCAGUGUACAGAACCUGGAAGUAAGAGAAAACCUCAGAUCUCUAAUUCUCAUUCUCAUAUUCUCUGUGGCAGUCAUUGCGCUGUAUUUCGCCUUUUUCUUUCUUCUUCUCCAUUAGUGGGUUCUUCUUUGCUACUCCCAAGAGCACAAGGACCUCAGGGGGUUCAGUCUAACCCGCCUCCAUUCGCUGCUCUUUACUGCGCUUGAAGAAGCGUUGUUUCUUCGGAGCAGAAGAUUCUGAGGUCUGGACUGGUGGCCAAGGGCCAAGGCUGGCUCCCAUUGCAGAGUCCUUAAGAUGAGUCCAACAAACAUUGUUGAUUCCUCUAGCGAUGGAGACCUCAGAGGGUAUAUGAAAGCUGUUAAACUGGAGCCAGAUUUUGUUGGAGGGUCAAUGUCACAGAAGGAAUUUUAUAAAAAUGAUGUAAUGCUAUCCAAAGUGAAUUCAGGAGAAAACCAAAACUCCACUGCUUCAUAUACCAUACAGGGUGACAGAAGCAUUUUGGGUCAAGAACAGUCUUCAGUAGAUGAUUCAGGCCUUUGUUCCAUAUCACCAAUAUGCCCAGCACCUCUUUGUCGGCAGUUUUGGAAAGCUGGAAACUAUGAUGAUGGGCUUUCUUCUAAGCCUACCCAUAAAAAUUUUACCAAUUACUUGCACAUUCACCCUAAGUUCCUACAUUCAAAUGCCACAUCACACAAAUGGGCAUUUGGUGCUAUAGCUGAGCUGCUUGACAAUGCUAUUGAUGAGAUACAAAAUGGGGCCACAUUUGUCGUAGUAGAUAAAAUUAUCAAUCCAAGAGAUGGAAGCUCUGCUUUGUUAAUUCAAGAUGACGGUGGUGGAAUGGACGCUGAAGCAAUGCGCCGCUGUAUGAGUUUUGGAUUUUCAGAUAAGAAGUCAAAAUCUGCAAUUGGACAGUAUGGAAAUGGUUUUAAGACAAGUUCUAUGAGACUUGGAGCAGAUGUUAUAGUCUUCAGCUGCUCAAUGAAGAGAAAAAAGACACGAAGCAUUGGGCUUUUAUCUUACACAUUUUUGGCACAAACAGGCCUUGAUAGAAUAGUGGUUCCCAUGAUUGACUAUGAAUACAACUCAUCUUCUGGCACCUGGAAUUCAUUAUACAGUGAACAAAAUUUCACGAGUAAUCUUUCUCUGCUGUUGCGGUGGUCCCCAUUUUCAACAGAGGAGGAUCUUCUUCGUGAGUUCGUUGACAUUGGUGAUCAUGGCACGAAGAUUAUAAUUUACAAUUUAUGGUUGAGUGAUGAAGGAAAAACAGAGCUUGACUUCAACUCUGAUCCUGAGGAUAUUCGUAUUUGUAUAGAUCCAAAUAAAAUGGAGAAAGGUGCUCGUUCAUCAGUAAGUGAUGAUCAUCUUGCCAACCGUCUCCGUUUUUCACUGCGUGCAUACCUAUCCAUCUUGUACUUGCGAGUUCCAGAAAACUUUUGUAUGGUUUUACGUGGAUCCUUAGUUGAGUAUCAUAAUAUUGCUAAUGAACUGAAAUUUCGGCAAUGCAUCAUGUAUAGACCUCAAAGCGCUGGAGUUUCAGAGGGUGAAGUCAUUACCACAAUUGGGUUUUUAAAAGAGGCCCCAUUGGUGAAUCACCAUGGUUUCAAUGUCUACCACAAAAAUCGUUUAAUACUGCCAUUUUGGCAUGUUGUCAGCUAUUCUGAUAGUAGAGGCAGAGGGGUUGUAGGUGUUCUGGAGGCAAACUUCAUUCAGCCAACGCACAACAAACAGGACUUUGAAAAAACUCCUCUUUUUCAAAAGCUUGAAGCCCGCUUAAAGGAAAUGACAUGGGAAUACUGGGAUUAUCACUGUGGACUUAUUGGUUAUAUACCAAAGAAAAAGGCUCAACCGUCAACAACACCCCAGGUUUUACCUGAAUCUCAUCAGAAGCAUGGUGCAUAUCAGUCUGUUUUAAUGACUAAAAACCCUCCCAGUGCAACCAGUAAAGAAGCGUCAAGGCCGGACAAUCUACCAAGAACUUUUCACCAUAGCUAUAAACAAGUACCUGUAUUCCCUCAUAAAAGGAAAGAGCGUGAUCACCCAACUGAACCUGAAAAUGUGAAACAAAAGGACAGAGGAAAAGCCAAUAUUAUUAACGCCUGGUCCAGUGAAACGGCAAUGCCUGUCGGUGCUGCUGCUAGUUACUUGGGAGGUGAAGAGGCUGCCAACCUGAUUCAAGAAAACCAAAAACUUCGUGCCCAGUGCUUGGAACAUGAGAAGUGGGUGGAGGAGCUUAAUGCUAAGGUGCUUCUUGUUCGGAAGCAACUAAAAGAAACGCAGAAGGAAUAUGGUCGAUUGCUGCUCGAUUUGAAACUAUUGGAAAAGGAAAAAAUCAAACCGGAAAGUUAACAAUAGUGUAUUAGUGUUUAGAUAGGGCAACGUUCUUGCUCUUCUCGUGAGCUCUUGUAAAUGAUUUAUGUAUUUUAAUGCCAGUUUAGGGACACUUUUGUAGAGUUUAAUGUACCCUCAAGACUUGUGUUGUUUGUGUGUUGUUCAUUGCAGGCCAGGCCAGAACUGUAUCUCAAAUCCUCCCUCCUUGUAGGGAAAUUUUCAACCCAAAAAGGAAAAAGAAAAAAACAAAGAAAAUUUGUUCUUUUUCUUUCUUUUGGGUACAUACAAUUUCAUUGUUAAUGGUGCUGCUUCUGUAAAAAUAUAUUGAGCUUGAUAUAUUUCUUCCAUUACAUU